AUGAGAUACUCAACAGCGUGCUCGGCGUGUCGCGCUCGACGGCGCAAGUGCGAGGUGCCCAUCGGCGGCGGCCAGUGCACCUACUGCGCAACCCAGAACAUCGCCUGUUCACGCGCCGGCUCCAUCAUCCAGCCCAAAGCCGUGCCCGUCAGCCCGCUGUCUAUCGCGACGCCGACGACGCCCUCUGUCACCGAGAUCAUCGUCGCCAGCCCCCCUGGCAUUACUCCGGUCGCCGCUGUUUCCGACAAGGCUCUAUGCUUCGAGCUGGUGGAGCUGUACUUCAAGUACAUCCACGACUGUCUCCACUCCCUCUUCCACCGGCCCAGCUUCAUGCUGGAUCUGCAUGAGGGGACUGCUCCUCUGGCGCUUGUCUAUGGCAUGAUGGCGCUGUCAGCAAGGAUAGCCAACUAUCUCGACCUCCCAAACCUGCCCACGCCGGACCCGCUGCAGAGGGAGAUUCAUAUUAGAGUUUACUGGUCGCUCUGCAUGAUUGAUGUCUGGUCAUCAACUGGUGUCAACCUUCCGCGUCUCAUGGAACGGCGAAUGGACGUCCCGUUACCGAUGAACGAGUCAACUUUCCUUAAUAUGACCCGUGCGAACAACAACCACUUUGACUUUAUCCUGUCACCAAACCGGGAAGACUCGCUCAUAGCCCAGAUGAUCAAGCUGAACAGCAUCCUGCUAAAGGUCAACGACGCCAUCAAGUCUCUCACAUCAGACUCCACAGUAACAAACAUCGACGAGACUGUCUCGACCCUCGCGCAGGAACUUGAGGCCUGGGAGCUUGAGCUUCCCCCAAGUCUCCGCGAUACCCCAAGCAACCUGCAUUCUUUCGCCGCCCAAGGCCUGGGCCGUAUCUUCAUAGCUGUGCACACGGGUCACUACCACUACAGUCAGUUGCUCUUCUAUCAGUAUCUAGAUGAGGUACAGCGCUUUCCCGCCUCCCCGACCGCCCAGAUCUUUGCCCGGAAAUGCAAAGAGAACGCCGUCUCCAUGUCGCGUAUCAUCGACCUCGCCAACACCACGCCUGGCUGUGACGCCAAGUUCAACAUGCUGGGCCACAUCAUCGUCAUCACGUCGUCCAUCUUCAUCCACACGCUACUUUUCGAGACCGACGAGGCCGAAAUUGCCAACGCGCGGGCAACCCUGGAGCGCCACUUCAACACCCUCGUGGCCUUGCGGGUGUACUGGCCGGGGCUUGAGGUGUGCUUCGUCCGCCUCAAGACUUUCCACGAGCUAUGUCGCAAGAGCAUGAACACGAGCUACCGCAUGGACCGCUGGAUGCUACGGUUCUUGACCGAAUUUGCCAGGCCCAUUGACGAGAAGGAGCGUGAUGAGGAUGGGAACAUGGAUUUGGACAGGUGGAGUGUGGGUAAUAUUGGCAUCAGCCCUGAGAAUUGGGCAUGA